CCACCUUUAUUACCACCUAAGGAUAAUAGCAAACGUAACUUUGUGUUGAGCGAGUUUGGACCGCCAGUUGUUUUUAUAUUUUGAUAAAAUUUACACUACAAAAAAAUGAAUCUGAACGAUUCGUUCGAAGAUCUUAUUGAGUACGAUCCAGGAUCUUGCUCUGAUAAAGAAAAUGAAGUGACCGAAGUGACGAUAAAAACGGACACGGAAAAACAGCCGAAACCUACAAGUGAACAAUUCAGAAAAAUGUCAUCGUUUGCCAAAGAACACAAUGUUGAAGAAAUUGAUAAGACCACGUACGACAUGCUAUGGAACGAUUUAGCUGCUAAACUGAAUGACGUUGGUCCGCCUGCGCACACAACAAGUGCAUGGAGACGAAUCUGGUCGCUUCAGAAGUACAAUAACAAACGGAAACGAUUGACAGAGCCCGAUUUUCAAGUGCAACCAGUGAAACCCAUUACAGUUCUUUCGGGUGAACCUGUGGCGUGCACAUCUGUUGAUCAGCGAUCAGUAGAAAUUUCUAACAAACUGGACGUUGUUAUUUCGAAUCAAACUGAUAUGUCGGUAAAAAUCGAUACCAUUAUAAAAAAUCAGGACAAAAUGAUUACGAAUCACCAAAAUAUGAUUCGAGAACUACAGAUAUCGAAUCGACUUUUGCAAGAGAUUGCUAUCAAACCGUUCUAAGGCUUAUCGAAAUUUUAUUGUUUGUAUUCAAUUUGUUUAAAUGAAGUGGAGAAAAUUACAUUCCUUUGAAUACCGUCAAUUUAUAUUUGGAAGAUUUU